ACAAGUCUCGCUAGGUGUCACUAUUGCACGGGUCACACCUGAACUUCCAGUCAGAAUCAUGGCGUCUGUGGGCGGGAUUGUUGCGACGGCUCUCUCCGUGCUCGUGGGUCUUGUUUUCGCCUUUUCCGGCGCUGUCAAGCUUUUCCCGGCAGUGAAUCCAGACCUCCAUCAAGAAAUGGCCAGCAAGUUUUCGACAUAUUCUCCCAUCUUUCCGCUGGCGGACGUCACAGGAUUCCACCCCUCCCCGGAGCUCUAUCGCCAGGUUGUCGGAAGCUUGGAGCUCAUUUCUGGACCCGGAAUCAUCCUCUUUCCCGCUGAGCUGAAAACGAUCUGCAACGGAAUCCUGUUUGUCAUCAUGUGUGGGGCCUGCUACACUCACUUUGCUCUCGGAGAGCCUUUCAUUGUGCCGAUGGUGCUUGGAGCUAUGCUGGGGUGCAUUUAUUUCCUCAGGCACCAGGGGGAGCCGUCCAAGGAAAAGGCCCAGUAAAACAAACUUGUCACACAAAGCUGACCAUUGGCCUCCCGACUUUCUCCAGACCAUGGUUGGGAGUUUAAGUUGUGACUAAGUUCAUCUGUGUCUUAGGGUAUCUGUAUCUGUAUCUACAUAGCCGGUGUAACCGCCCUACGGCGUAUAUUAAAGCGUGGUUGCUGGUUGCCCACAAAUCAGGGGUGCAUUUUUUUUUAAAUUGGGGUGUGUACUUAUUCAAGAAAAUAAAAAGGUAUCUAAAACAUGAAAGUCAACAAUCGAUUUUGAGAAAUCAAACCCAGGAAAGUACUAGUAAAUUCUUUAUAGAGGUAAUCAGAAGAGUGCACUGGAACUAAAUUAGGAUUGACUCCAGGCUACUCCUAACCCAGCACAAACUUUGGUUGUGGAGUGGUCAAUAAAAAGUGUUGUGGGAAGGUCCUGAAUAUGUGAGGGGCUUAAACAAACUGGAGGACUAAUACUUGUACAUCAGCCAUAAUUCAUGAUCAGACUGCAGUCACAAUGUCACAAAUGCUGACAGCAUAUUUUCCUAGUAGUAUCCAGUACAAAUGUAGUAUCCAAUAGUAUCCAGUAUUUUGUGUUUUUUCUGUAGUAUCCAGGUUUCCUGCUGUCUAAAAACCUUGGAAGACAUUUUUAUAGCUACUGCUUCAAAAGACAUUUAUUCCCUAAAGGCAUGUCAACAUGUUAAUCCAGGAGAUUAUUAAUAAUUUGUGUAUUGACUCAAGUUUUCCUCUGUCUCAAUCACUGACAAAUGUAACAUUAAUGUUAAAAUAUUCUCUUUGACUAUUAGUAUUACUAUUUUAGCAGUUACUGUAAUACAUCUAAUAUAAUACAGUGGGCACAAUGUAAUAAUAACAAUACAAUGUAAAAGCAUCAGCUAUUGAAAAGAAACACUUUUUAUGUGUAACGUUACAUGUACAUACCUUCAGUAUACAGAAAGGGGCAUUCAUAUAAUACAUAGAGCAAGGUCAAGGAAUUCAAAUAUACAGGAAGACAUGCUUGUAGAUCUUUUGAAAUAAAAACAAAGGUACAAACAAUGACA